AUGCCUUCGUUCAAGGCAAACAACUUUCGGGAUCAAUGGGCCAUGAUCAAGCAAAGCAUUCCGCAUCAAACGGACAAUCGACGCAAAAGCACGCAAAAAAAGGAUCUCGAGGAAGCCUCAAAGCUCUUCGGAUACCAAAAGGUCAAAGCCGUCGACGGAAAAUGGCUUUACAAGAAAAUGAAGACGGCUCUCUGGGACUACCAGAUCACCGCGGCAGCGUGGAUGAUCAAGCGAGAACUAGACAGGCUCGAGCCAAACGGCGGUGUGCUAGCUGAUGCAAUGGGCAUGGGCAAGACCCUGAUGGCCCUGACCUGUGUGGCAGCGAAUCCUCCCGAAGGAGACGACGUGACGAUGUUUUCACGGACGACGCUGGUGGUGGUGCCCAAUCAGUCCACCGCCCUGUACUGGCUGGAGGAGACGGAGAGACACUGCAGAGAGCCCUUGGGCAGCUAUGUUUCCGUGUAUAACUCGAAGGACCCCAAGCCGUUGGGCCACCUGAGGAGAAUGAGACUUCUCAUCACGACCUAUGGGGAGCUGAUCAGGCAGUAUCCAAGCGACAAGGUCAUCAGCGAGCUGAAAGAGAAGUAUGAAGGUAACGAAUCAUCCCUCGGAAGGGCUUUGGCCCAAAAAACGGGCUUUCUCUUCAAGCAAAAGUGGCACAGGGUGAUUCUGGACGAAGCCCACGCGAUCAAGAACAUUGCGAGUCGAACAACCAAGGUUUGUUGCGCGCUCCAGAGCAAACAUCAUUGGGCAUUGAGCGGUACGCCACUGGCCAACUCAGCGGAAGAGUUCUACCCGUACCUCAAGUUCAUACGUUGCCACUACACCGACUGUCCAGCCACCUUUAAGCGAAAGUAUAUGACGAAUGGCAAAGCAAACGAUGGGUUCGAGACGCUUGUUUCCAUGAUCAUGUAUCGUCGGACUAUGAACGACACAUUCCUGGGCUACCGGAUGAUCGACCUGCCGAAGUCAAAGUCACGGGAUAUCUGGGUGCCUCUCUCGCGCGAGGAGGAGUUCAUCCAAGAAACAAUCGAACGCGAGUACGAAGAAAAGACUCGAAAGCUCGAGAAAGCCUUGAAACUCGUCAAGAAUGCAGAAGCGAUCGACAGGGCGGUCACAAGAUUGAAACUCACAAUGCUCACCAAGCUCCGCGAGGCGGCAUCGCAUGUUUUUAACCUCGAGAAGCUGCUUCGUGGCUCCAUGGACAUCGAGACCGUUCGGCGACUGAAGGCGGGAUCGGGUGAAAACAGCCCAAAAAAGCCCGUCUUGGAUCAGAUCAUGUCCAGCGAUGACGGCAAGAAGUGCCUCGAAGGGUUCGAGACAGGAGUCGCUCGUCUUCGAGAGCUUCAAGAGCCCGUCUUCGGCGGGGAAUUUGAAUGGGGCGCGCUACUUGACAGGGUUCUGAACGAGCAGAAGGUGAAGGGCUUGACUUGCAGCCAUUGCGAGGCCACUCCACCAGAACAGCCCGUUCGGUUCGACCCGUGUGGCCAUUACUACUGCAAGCGUUGCUUUGCGGAGAUCACAGCGUCCUUCUUUCUAGGAGGGCCAACGAGAGUGGUUUCGAAUGCUCAGCAAGAAAUGCAGUGUAGCCAGACUGGCUGCGGUCAGCGCGUGCGUGAGAGAACGCCUCUUGAGACCAUCGGCUGCAUUGGCUUCCAGUCUGGGGAAUGCCCGGACGACAAGAUUAUCGUCUUUGUUCAGUUCAUCAUGACGGGCAAAGUGCUUGGGCGGAUGCUCGAGGGUGCUGGCAUUAGCUUCCUGUACUAUACAGGCGCCUUGAGUCAACAGCAGAAGAACAAGGCGCUUGGAGAUUUUGCCCAGGACCCGACCAAGAAGAUUCUGAUCUCCACGAUGAGAUGCGGCGGGCAGUCGCUCAACUUGACGUCAGCGAACCGGGUCAUCAUUGUCGAUCCUUGGUGGAACACGACGGCAGAGAAGCAAGCCUUCGCCCGAGUUGUACGGAUAGGGCAGAAAAAGGAGUCGCAUUUGGUGCGCAUCAUGGCGUGCGAAAGCAUCGACUCCCGAAUCUCCGACUUGCAGAUAUCGAAGGACGUGGGUAUAGACCACGCCUUGCAAGACGAUGGCCAUAUCCCAGCCGUGUUGGGCGACGAAGAAUUGGAAGAGCUCUUGAAUCCUAAGUCUUCCGCCCGUGCUGCUAAGCAGAAGAGCAGCCAGGCCAAAGGCAAGAGCGCGAAGAACGCAGCCACCCGGCGUCGCUGA